AUGUCCGUUAGCAUUGCUACACAAGAAAACCUUCUUGCACUCUUUGACCAUCAAGAGGAGGAAUUGAAACAAAUUUUAACGUUCACACAUCUCUCUUUGAAUGUCCCAGUGUGUGUUAGCCCAAUAACUCAGCGCUAUUGGAACGACAAUGAACACAUGAAGUUUUUGAUAUGCAUUUGCUUUCUCAACGCAACAUCUUCCAAACGACUACCUGUCUCCAAGAUCAGCGAGUUUGUCGAAACACGAACAGCAGUUCAGGUUAGAACUCACGCUCAGAAGUACUUUGCUACAAAACAAAAAGGCAAACAUAUGAAUCAAGACGUCAUCACGCUCAUGAAGCAAAACAUAGAAAAGCUCAGGAAGACUUUUGGCCGAGAAAGACCUGUCAUGGUUUACAAGUCUUUAUAA